AUGCUCAUAAUCGGGCUCACCGGCUCCAUCGCGACCGGGAAAUCCACCGUGUCCUCCUUCCUCUCCUCCCCGCCGUACUCGAUCCCCAUCAUCGACACGGACCUCCUCGCCCGCCAGGUCGUCGAACCCGGCACGCCAGGCUACAAAGCGAUCGUCGACUACUUCGGACCCAACACGCCCGAUCUCCUCCUCCCCCCGAAACCCGACCAGCCGAGCGAUCCGCACGGACAACCAUUGAAUCGACCAGCGCUGGGCCGUCGCGUAUUCGGGACCACGGAAGAACGCAAACGCGACCGACUCGUGCUGAACAAGAUCGUGCACCCGGCCGUACGAUGGGAAGUGUACAAGGCGCUGGUGUACUAUUUCCUCCGGGGCCACUGGGCCGUGGUGCUCGAUGUGCCGCUGCUGUUCGAGAGCGGGAUGGAUCUACUCUGCGGGACGGUGGUGGUGGUUGGGGUGCGGGAUGCGGCGGUGCAGAUGGCGCGGCUGCGGGCUCGCGAUCCGCAUCUAUCAGUCGAGGAGGCGCAGGGGCGAGUGAGCAGCCAGGGCGACGUGAGGGGGAAGGUGGAGAAGGCGGAGUUUCGAGGGACGGAGACGGCGAGGGGCGUGAUUGUGUGGAAUGAUGGCGACAAGAGCGAUCUGGAACGCGAGGUGCAGAAGGCGAUGGGCAGUAUUCAGACGACGAGUCCGCGGUGGUGGGCCUGGGUGUUGCUGCUGGCGCCGCCGGUGGGCGUGGGCGUUGCGGCGUGGAAUCUGGCGUUGAAUUUCAUGCAGCAGAAGAGGUGGGAUCGGAAGGCAAAGGAGGAGAAGGCGAAGUUGUAG